AUGGGGUCUUACUCCGAGUGUUCAAUCCUGAGUCCGUUUCUCUUCUUAGCUCUCGCGAGCACGAAUCUUAUCAUUGGUUACUGCUGCUCUUUCACUGGUUUGGAGUCCUCGAUUCUGAUUGUUGGUAUUGAUAUCACCAAGAGCAACAAGUGGACAGGAGCAAAAUCAUCUGUUUCAAGGCAAAGGGCCCUCCUGGCAUUCCUCUUUGAACUGCUUGCUUUCUUAUUAGAUGGGCUACAUGAAGAUUUGGUGAAACGAAAACCAUACAUUGAACUCAAAGAUUCUGAUAGUCGUCCGGAUGAUGAGGUUGCUGAAGAGCUUUGGAACUAUCAUAAGGCUCAGAAUGAUUCUGUAAUACUUAACGUCUGCCAAAAUCCCCUGGAGUCGGUGAGUUUGAUAAAAGAUGAUGAGCAUAUUGUGGCUUAUUGGAUGAAGCAGAUGCAGAAAGGAUCCGGAGUAGCAAAACUUGAAAUCCUUCAUGGAGGGCAGGAAAGGGCUGUUCUGGAGAGUGUUAAACGCGGAGACGUGAAGCUUUUCGGGACUCCUUUUGUCACUUAUGUCAGCACAGAACCACUGAAUGGAUCUGACGUUGAUGCAGUGAUCUCUUGA